AUGGAUUUCAAGGACUCGCAUACCAUACUUUCAAGCAGUGUAUUUGAUGGAUCAAGUAAACUCUCAUCUGAGUCGACAGAAACUUUCCUAGGUCUAAUUGAAUCACCACCUUCUGUGAUUACUUUUCCAAGACCGAACUCUAUAUUUCCAUUGGAAAAGUAUGUACCAGAUGAGAAAGGCUCGAGAGAACAGCUGCUGCAACAUGAAAGACGAUUCAGCGGUUUACAGGUACCGUUGGUGCCAGGAAGUAAGACCAUCUCGACUUGGAAAUGGAUCAUAGUCUUCUGCGGAUUAUCUACAGGGGCGUUUCUAGCAGGGCUCGAUGCCACCAUAGUCGCCGACGCACAGGGACCUAUUCUUCAAAGUCUAGGAGAAAUUGAAAAGGUUGCUUGGAUUGGUGUGGCUGAUCCACUUGGAUCUGGUGCCACUAUUCUACUUAUCGGUUCUUGCUAUGGUAUUUUCCAGAUCAAAUACAUGUACAUGUUUAGUAUGUUACUUUUUGAGGUAGGAAGUGCGAUUUGUGGAGCUUCGAGUUCGAUGAACGUUAUGAUAGUUGGACGGAUUAUGGUGGGUAUUGGAGGUGCGGGAAUUGACCUAGGAGCUCUUAACUAUCUAUCUAAGUUCACACCUCCACGCACCAGACCCAUCUACAACGCAAUUCUUGGAAUCUCCUUUGGACUCGGCAACAUUCUUGGUCCAGUAAUUGGCGGCGCUUUUGCGAACACUCCGGCUCUCGGGUGGCGUUGGUCUUUCUAUAUCAAUCUUCCUCUCGCCGCAAUCAUGGCUCCCCUAUUCCUCCUUCUUUUGCCGAAGCACAACCCUAUGCCUUCCAUCUCAAUCUCACAAAAACUUAAAAUCAUUGAUUUCCUCGGUUUCAUCUUACAUGUUAUCGUAUGGGCUUCUUUUCUCGUUGGGGUCACAAUGGGCGGCUCAACUUGGUCCUGGUCAUCCAUUUCUUCCAUCGCAGUCUGGACGCUCUUCGGCGUUUCUCUUUUCUGCUAUAUCAUCCAACAAUCUCUUUGCCUUCUUACUACUUCCUCCCAUCGCAUUUUCCCAGUUCAUUUCCUCCGUUCUCGAACACUCAUUCUUCUCUUUAUCGCUACUGCUGCGACAAUGACAUCACUCGUCACACCUAUCUUCUAUAUCCCCCUUCUUUAUCAAUUUGCGCAUGGCUCUUCUCCUAUGGUAUCAGCACUCAAUUUGAUUCCUGCAAUCGCAGCCUUCUUCAUCGUCAUUUUAUGCACAGGUGUAUUACUCCCGCGAAUCGGCUACUACAAAGCAAUUUACAUUCUAGCCUCAGUCUUCAUGAUUGUCGGUGGAAUAUUCAUGAGUCGAGUCACUAUCAAUACGUCCAACAGAACAGUAUAUCUUUAUUCUAUCCUGAUAGGAAUAGGAGUAGGAAUGAUCUUCCAAAUAGCCUACGAUAUUGGCAUGAGUAAAGUAUCAUCGAUGGGUGCAGAGGAUACCACAGCCACCGAAGAAUUAGGCGGCGAUGAACAAAAACUUAUUGCGUAUAUAAAUGUCGCACAAGUGGGCUGUGCGGGUAUUGCACUUAGUAUCGCGGGGUGCAUAUACCAAAACUUGGGAGUGAAGAAGCUUCAAGAAGUUUUUGGAGAUGGGGUUCCGGUGGAGAUUAUCAGGGAAGCCCUGGGAGGGUUGAAGGGUGAGGGGUUGGGAGAUAUGGGAACUAUCGAUGAGGAUAGCAUGAAGAGCGCACUAGACGCAGUAGUGGCGACUGUAGGGAAUGUUUAUUGGCUGGUUGUUGCAGCGGGUGUGGUGUGUGCAAUUUGUGGUCUGGGUAUGAAGUGGGAAAGAGUAAUUUUGGAGCCGGAAUUGGAGGGAAAUAGGAGAUUUAGCGUCAAUUAUGAAGCUAUCGUUUGA